AUGGUCUGCAAGAGGCUCCUUUAUCUUGUCGCCUCCUUCCCCGACUUCGAGCCCAUGACGCUGCCUAUCAACUCCGAAGACCCCGCGCUCACACGUCUCUCGGGAACGCUCUCUGUCUUCCUCAGGCACGCGCCUCACACGCCCCUUAAUUUCGUUCUCAACAGCUCCCAGGACCUGCACUGCCUCGGCCGUCUCUUGGGUCCCUCUGCGCGCUCCAUCACAACCUUGUCCCUUGGGCUCAAGGUACCUUACAAAAAAAUGAUUCCUGCGGGGCAGUUGCUGAUGCGUUCAGAAUUUCUGGGGGAGUUUGAGCAGCUGCAGAAGCUGGAGCUAGGAGGCCAUGGGAUUUGGAAAUUAGGCAGCCUGAAUCCAGCAAUGUUCCAAGCCUUAAGGAGUCUGAGCAUCCACGAUUUCGAGCGCGAGAGAAAUGCUCUGCCCUUUCUCUCAUCCCUUGCACCGCAGCUGCAUGAAUUCGCUCUCUCCUCCUCCAGCUUUGGCUCUGGCUCUACCACCCUAAAUUUCAAGUUCACCGCUGCUCGAUCUAUCACGCUCUGCUUUGAGGACCAAGCGCUCCACCUCCGCUGCGCCCUCCCUGCCUCUUUGAAGUCCUUCUCUGCCACUGCGGCGUGCCUCAACGUGGUUUGCACAUGCAACAGCCGCGUCUCUCUCGACUUGCUCUCUCUCAUUGGCCGCUCGCAGCUUCUCGGACGAGCAGGAAGGGUGGUGUGUGCUGAUAACAAUGGUGGCAAUGGUAUGGCCAUGGGGUGGUAUGGCCAUGGGGUGGUGUGGCCAUGGGGUGGUAUGGCCAUGGGGUGGUGUGGCCAUGGGGUGGUAUGGCCAUGGGGUGGUGUGGCCAUGGGGUGGUGUGAGCAUGUGGUGGUGUGA